AUGACGAGGUUUCACGGCUGCACCUUGUGUGGAGAGAGCCAGGCCGAUUGUUUGUGCAAAAAUUACUGGCAAGGUGAGGUAUACUCCAACCAGGGAGACCCACGACCGCACGCUUCCAUCUUCCCUCACGGACAUCAUCAGCAUCUUCACCAGCACGGACUGGAGCAUUCCCACCACAACCCCCUGAACCAGGUCCAAACAAUCGCACACCUUUCUAGUCUAUCACAAGUUCCUGCAGGCCUUCACGGAGGUCACGCCCAACUGACUGACGUGAGCUCCCUGUCUCCCCCCAUACACGACUCUCGCACUAUGACCAGCAUGGCGUAUCCUCCAUCUUCACAUAGCCACCCACACGGCCAUGGACACAACCAUGGACUGUCCUUGAGCCACUCACCAAAGCCUAGUCCCUACAGCGUCAACGGACUCUCCUUGAGCACACCCAAUGUGGAUCUGCUCCAUACAGCAAUGGGCUACCAAAAUGAUAUGUUCG